AUGUUUCAAACCCUGCCGAACACGGGUGACCCUGCCGACUACGAUGCUGCAAAAAAAGCGCUGAAUGCCUACUUCGUUCCCCGGAAGAACGCGGCAUUCUCACGGCAAACAUUUCAUCAGUUGUCACAGAAGGAAGGAGAAACUGUGCUACAAUUUGUAACCAGACUUCGGAGGGCGGCCAGGGAUUGCGAUUUUGGAGGGGAAAAGGACAAUCAGAUCAGGGAUGCUGUGUUGAGUAAGUGCAAAUCCGAUUAUGUUAGACGCAAACUGUUGGAAACUGAACUGACACUAGAUAAGGCACUGCAAACAGCUGAUAAAUGUGAAAAGGUGGAAGGACAAAUGGCUGCACUGUCUGGCAAAAGCAAAGACCCUAAAUAUGACUCUGUCAACCGUGUGUCAGACAAGAAACAGAAAUCCCGUGACAAGCAGUAUAAGCCCAAAACGGAAACCAAACACUUAUGGUCGCCACAAUCACAAACGGGAAAUCGGCGUACAAAACCUGAACCGACCCCUAAAGGUGCUUGCUACAGAUGUGGUCGAACCGGACAUUUCGGCCGUGACUCGAACUGUCCCGCGAGGGGUCAGACAUGCCAAAAGUGUUCUGGCAGGGACCACUUCGCAAAGAUGUGCAAAACAAAAACCAAGCCCAGAGUCAACCAAGUGGGUGAGGAACAGGCCAACCCCGAGGCUUCACAAGAUUACGCCUUCCUCAUCCGAGAGGGACCACAUUCGAACAUGUUGAGGAUCAAGGUGGGCGGAGUCGACCUUAACAUGCUGAUUGACUCAGGAGCCACAAGCAAUAUCAUCAACGAGCAGACUUGGGACUCACUCAAACAGAACAAAAUUCAGUGUGAAUCCCAUGUAGCCCCACCAGACAGAAAGCUGUGGGCGUAUGGAGCAGACCGUCCCCUGUCACUCAAGGGUACAUUCGAGUGCGAAGUGCAGGUAUCAGGCAGAUCUACCCUAGCCGAAUUCAUCGUAAUCAAAGGAAAGGGAGUACCGUUACUUGGCAAAGACAUAGCAAUGAAACUGGGCAUACUCCAAAUCGGAAUCAAUGCUGUAAGCGGCCACGCCGGGACUAUAGAUGAGGUCAAAGUUGACAGGUGCGCUAAGAACAGCUCAGCUUUGAACGGUGACAAGGCCAAGCAGUACCAGCAGCAGUUUCCUGGGGUGUUCGGAGGCGUGGGUAAGCUGAAAACUGAGCAAGUUAAGCUCCACAUCAACACCUCAGUUACGCCAGUAGCGCAGCCCCUUAGGCGAACACCAUUCAAUUUGCGCAGUAGAGUAGAACAAAAAAUACGCGAACUAGAGUGCCUUGACAUAAUCGAAGCCGUUGAUGGCCCAACACCUUGGGUCAACCCUGUCGUCGUGGUACCGAAACCGAACUGCGAUAUUAGACUUUGUCUAGAUAUGAGACGCGCGAAUGAAGCGAUCAUACGCGGCCGUCAUCCAAUCCCUACUGUGGAUGAACUUUUGCAAAGCAUGAACGGCUCAAAGGUUUUCAGUAAACUCGAUCUCAAAUGGGGUUACCACCAGUUGGAACUCGCCACGGAGUCGCGAGGGAUCACGACGUUUGUCACGCACUGCGGUCUAUAUCAGUACAAACGACUUAUGUUCGGAGUAAGUUCCGCGAGCGAACAGUACCAGUACAUGAUCGCAAAAGCGCUAGCAGGUCUUGAAGGCGUAGAAAAUAUCUCGGACGACAUAAUCGUACAUGGCCCUGACCAAAAUACCCAUUACAGCAGAGUGUUGGCAGUAUUGCGCAGAUUGCAGGAGCUAGGUCUUACCCUGAAUGCUGAGAAGUGCCAGUUCAACAUGAGCCGGCUAGUAUUCAUGGGGAUCCUGUUGUCCGAGAAGGGCAUUGGUCCCACGCAAGAACGCGUUCGAGCCGUAUCCGAAUUCAGAGAGCCCGAGAACGUAUCAGAGGUUCGGAGUUUUCUCGGCCUAGUUGGGUUCAGUAGUAGUUUCAUACCCAACUUUGCUACUCUGUCCGACCCGCUUCGCAAGCUGACCCGAAAAGGCGUUCCAUUUCAAUUUGGGCCACACCAGAAAGCAGCCUUCAACGCGCUUAAGGAGAGCCUUGCGAAGGCAACCACACUCGCGUACUAUGAUAAAACGGCACCGACAAAGGUGAUAGGUGACGCGAGCCCAGUCGGCCUGGGUGCAGUAUUAGUUCAGGAACAGCGUGACGGUUUGGUUCCAAUCUGCUAUGUGAGCCGCAGCCUGACCGAUUGCGAAAGAAGAUAUUCGCAAACAGAAAAGGAAGCGCUGUCGUUGGUUUGGGCCUGCGAAAGAUUCCAUGCCUAUAUCUAUGGACGCGACUUUGAGCUUCUAACUGACCACAAGCCACUCGAGGCCAUAUAUGGACCCCGUUCCAAACCAUGUGCACGGAUAGAACGCUGGGUACUACGCUUACAACUGUACAACUACAAAGUUGUAUACGUCCCCGGACGCGAGAAUAUCGCUGAUGCCCUGUCACGCCUCUUAAGUGGCAAGUGCAAACCGGAACAUGCCCAUGGCGCGGAUGAAUAUGUUCGUUUCGUAGCUGUAUCUACGACGCCGCGUGCCACGACCACGAAGCAAGUCGAAAACGCGUCUGCCGAAGACGUGUUGGUAGAUUACUAUAGCCGGUACUAUGAAUACCAGAUAUUGAGCUCCACCACCACAGACAAAAUCGUUGACUCCCUCGAAGAGGCAUUUAGCCGCCACGGCAUACCAUUGACCCUUAAGUCGGAUAACGGUCCGCAAUUCCGCUCGCAAGAGUUUCGUGACUUUUGUGAGGAGAACGGAAUAUCCCAUGUGAGAGUAACAGCCAAGUGGGCUCAAGCAAACGGUGAGGUGGAGCGACAGAAUGACUCGAUCAUGAAACGAAUCCGCAUUACGCAAGCUGCAGGUCAGGAUUGGAGAAAAGAACUGCGCAAAUACGUCGCGAAAUACCGCGCAACCGAACACCCCGCCACUAGGAAAACUCCUGCUGAACUACUGUUUAACCGGAAAAUCCGCGGCAAACUACCAGCAUUCAAGCCAGACGAUCACACUGAUUUGGAGGUUCGUGACCAUGAUGCUGAAAGCAAAGCAAAAGCCAAAAUGUACGCGGAUACACGCCGAAAUACAAAAUACUCUGAUGUGCAGAUUGGCGACCAAGUCCUCGUGAGGCAGGAGAAGACCAACAAACUUUCUACUCCUUUCAUUCCCGACCCAUUCACUGUUGUGAGUAAAACCGGCAACAGUGUGGUUGUUGCAUCCCCGGAGGGAGCCCAGUACUCACGAAACACCAGCCAUGUUCGGAAGUUCACGCAGAGUGCAAGUGACACAGGCAUAAAGACUGCCAGUGAACCUCCCACAGCAGACAGCGGUGGGAACACCAUGGACCAGGCAAUCAGUCCCCCAAAGACUGUAACUCAUACUCCACCCGCUGUGACCCCACCGGUUGCAAAGGAGCUGCCCAGUCCAUGUGCGGGCAGACCCAAGAGACAGUGUGGCAUGUAUCCUAAGUUUAAGGACUAUAUCUUGAACUAG